GGGGGGGUUGCUCGGAGCGCGAUCGCUGCGGGCUCCGCGCGGCCAUGGAGGCGGACGGCAGCCAGGCUACCUCGGGGAGCCCCGGCGAGGCGCAGCACGACCCCGGCAAGAUGUUCAUCGGCGGCCUCAGCUGGCAAACCUCACCAGACAGCCUUAGAGACUAUUUUAGCAAAUUCGGAGAAAUUAGAGAGUGUAUGGUCAUGCGGGACCCCACCACCAAGCGCUCCAGAGGCUUCGGGUUCGUUACGUUCGCGGAUCCGGCGAGUGUAGACAAAGUCCUGGCUCAGCCCCACCACGAGCUGGACUCCAAGACGAUUGACCCUAAAGUUGCAUUUCCCCGACGAGCACAGCCUAAGAUGGUCACAAGAACAAAGAAAAUAUUUGUAGGUGGAUUAUCGGCUAAUACAGUAGUGGAAGACGUAAAGCAAUACUUUGAACAGUUUGGCAAGGUAGAGGACGCCAUGCUUAUGUUUGACAAGACGACCAACAGGCAUAGAGGAUUUGGCUUUGUAACUUUUGAAAACGAAGACGUGGUGGAAAAAGUCUGUGAAAUUCAUUUCCACGAAAUCAACAAUAAAAUGGUAGAAUGUAAGAAAGCACAACCUAAAGAAGUGAUGUUUCCACCAGGGACGAGAGGAAGGGCACGUGGAUUACCGUAUACCAUGGAUGCUUUUAUGCUGGGGAUGGGAAUGUUGGGUUACCCGAAUUUUGUUGCAACGUACGGCCGAGGAUAUCCUGGAUUUGCCCCAAGUUACAGCUAUCAGUUCCCAGACUAUUUGCCGAUUUCACAAGACAUAAUUUUUAUCAACUAGUUCUUAAAGAUGCAUAACAAAUUAAUCGGGGUUUACUACAGUGCUAAUGAGAGAGAGAGAGAGAGAGAGACAGAAAAAGCCUGGGUGGUCCAUGUUUAAUAUCAAUGUCCACUGAGAAAUUGCUGCUCUUGCUGGCUGGUUUGAUUGACUGGACUUUUUAUUUUAUUUUUAUUUUUUUAAAGGCUCCAUAUCCUCACUGCUUUGAGUUUGCUUUUUUUUUUUUUUUGGUUGUUAUUUUUUUUUUCCUCUGCUUUGUUAUGAGUUUUUAAUGCCCACUUGGAAUGUAACUCACCAGGAUUGGGGUUAGGGGUGGUACGAAGGCAUGACUUCUCACAAACUUUUUAGAACUAAUUUUAUCAAGGAAGCAAAAAUGAUGAUUUGGUCUUAGAAGCAGCCCCAAAGAGAGAUGUUGGCACUUCUUAAUAUAGUAGUAGCCCAAAUCAUACUUAGGGUGGAGUGGGACCAGCAUCUCCUGUUGCUAGGAUCAACCAGGUUGGAUGGGCCUUGGGCAGCCUGAUCCGGUGGGAUGUCCCUGCCCAUGGCAGGGGGGUUGGAACUGGAUGAUCUUUAAGGUCCCUUCCAACCCAAACUAUUCUACGAUUCUGUGAUCAUUGCCAUCGCAAAGUUUAAUUACUGAUAACGAGUGCCCCGCAGGUUGCCCCUGUGGCGCUGGCAGCUGCGGGCGUGUUCUCACUGUUGGGUUCCCGUUGGGGUGGUGGCGCGCUCUGGCGCUGCCGUAGCCCUGCCAGGGCCAUGGCUGGAAGCCACCAAGCGAUGGGCACAGGCGAUCGCUGCCCCUACUGCAAGUCCCUGCCCAGCUCCCGCCCCCUCAAACUGCAGCCCCGCUCUCGCACCCUGCGCAGCCGCUUCUCCUUCCAGACUUCGCUUGCAAAUCAUGGGCAAAUCACUUAACUUUUGGCGAGAGAGCCAAGCUUUCCUCGCUAGCUGAAGCUGUGUCGCGCCUCCCAGUCUCCACCCAAACUGCAGAAGAGCUGCAAACCAGUCUGAUAAUGCCUCCAUCCAUUGGCUUUGAUUUUAACCAGAUUCUGGAAUUCUGGGUAGAAAACAUGCAUUGUAUUUAAAUUCUAUUUUGCUUAAAGUGUUUCUACCCAUUUUACAAGUUUGUGAGAAGUAAAUUGCAUGCUUACAGUAGAACUGUAAUGCAUUUUAAUGUUUGUUAAUCCACUUGUUUAAAAUGUCAGUGUCAAAGGCUCUACAAUACACGGCUAUGCUGUUCAUUUCAUUAAAGUUGCUUGAUGUAAUAAUUGGUUAGUUUUCUUUUUACUUUUCUGCAGGCGAUAGCUUUUUUUAAUCUGUAUGGCUUCUUAUUAUUUUGUUUGGGUUUUUUUGCUAUGAAUUGCUUUGCUUUUGUGAACUUGUCUUAGUGUGCAUGAUUUGCAAACAUUUCGGCUAUUGUGAAUUUUCUCAUUUUUUGUAAAUAGUCCAUCUGUGCUUUUCUUAUUUUCUUUUUUAUGACUUUUUUCCUGUAAGUAACUGAGGUAGAAAAUAAUAAUAAAUUGUUUACAACGGAUAUGCUGUGUUGCUGCU